AUGGACAACGUGUACGCGCUCAACGAACGCGCGGUACGCGCUUUGGAAGAUAACGGGAUCACCGCGAAAACGAUGAUACGAUUUGCGAGAUUAGGUUUAUACGCGCAAAUAGUUUUGGCUUUGUGGGGGUCGUUAUCGUUCACGUACGGGAUCAUCCACGCCUCCGCGCUCGCGGUGUCGUUGUACGGCGUCGUGGCGUUGGAGUUGAAGACGCCGAGAUUGUUGAAAAUAUACGCCGCGGUGUUGUUGGCGUUGACGAUUACGGAUUUGCUUUGGUUGUUGAACUUUACCGGUUCUAUUUGGGGUGGACGAACGGGCGUGAAGGAUCAGUAUUACGACACGUUGUCGUACGCGAGCUUGAACUGGACGACGCUCUUCCCGGAGUUUCUCGCGUUUUUGGUUCGGGUCGCGAGCGUGUGUUUGUGGGGAAUGCUAUGGAUGAAAGGAGCGUUGAAUGAUUUAGAAGGGGAGUGUUUGGAUCCAGAUAGCGAAGGGUUGAUGAUGGGUUCCGGUGGGAACUCGUCGUCCCGGACGUACGUGCCCGGGAGCGAAUAUCAAGACGAUUUUUCUCACGUGCAACCCGCGGGAGCGGUUCCGGAAGGGCGGAUUAGAGGACAAGGGAGUAGUAAGAAGAAAGGCGGCGGGCCCUCGGAUGACUUUUCCCUCAGUGGCGCUGGCUACCAGCAAUCGGAAGUGUAA